AUGUUGCUUAAAAUAUUAAUCAGUAGCAUUUUCAGUUUGCUAUUCUUCCUUCAUUUUCUUCAUGGGUUCGACAUAAAAGUGUCUUCAAAAGAAGAGAACUUGCAAGUUCACUUAACGACGAAUCUGAUGAAACAAUGUUAUCCUACCGUGAAAUCAAGUUAUCUGAUCACAGACUCACAAGAAAAUUCACUAUACAUGAAUUUCUACACCGUGGUUGGAACAAUAACCCUUUUCGAGCAAUCAAAAAACUUCACCAGCAAUCUCAAGAAAAAAUCACCGAUUUCUUCAGUGAUCAUGUCAUUGAGAUCAUCUUCAAAACUCGAGGAAGCUCUUAUCGACGCAAAAUGGCGGGCCUUCAACCAGUUCUUCAUAAUACUGGAUGGGGGUGACACUAACAAUGGCUGCGACAAUGCGAAGUCUUUUUUGAUGGAGGCUUGGAGAAACGAUAUUCUCAAAGCUGUUUUCCUGUGCUGGAACUAUCAAAAACAAAUUCCUCAACUCUACAGUUUUAACCCGUUCAACCGUUAUGCACCAAUGUCCUGGGAAAAAGUUGCAGUAGUACCGGCAAUUAAUGGCCAUCCGUGGACCUUGUUUGUUCAGAACUACGAUACAGGCAUUGCAACAUGCGAAAGUCUCUUUUUUGACAGGACUAGUGAUCUUGGAAGAUACAUAAUCAAAUUUGGUUUGUUCAACCUUCCUCCUUUUCUGUCUUACAAAAAUAUAAGUGGAGUAGCGACUAUCAAUGGGUAUAAUUACGAAAUCAUAAAACUUCUCGUUAAAGAAUUAAACGCAACGUUAGUUAUUGAUGAAGUAGCAGCUGUCUUGGGACGUUUCGACAAUGCAACUACCAGAGGAUUGCUAUGGCGAGUGGCCAAAGGAAAAGUUGACUUGACAAUGAAUUCACUCAUCCUAAGAGCUGUUUCUAAAAGCGCGGAGAUAACGUACCCAUUUCAUGGCGCUGGGCUUUCUGCAAUAUCGCAAAACCGACUGUCACCUGGGCAUGAUAGUCAGUUAUUUUCGUUUCUCCCACCAUCUAUAUUUGCAUUACUAUUUAUCACUUGUAUUUUGGUGUUCUUCUUGUUGCUGUACCUCUUCAAAGACCCCUAUUCGAGGAACGUCGUAGCUAUUGUCCUUCUUUUAUUGAAUUUGCCGACCCCUUCAACACCAAUUACCACCAACGGAAGGAUCAUUUUUGGCGCAACGUUGCUUGGCUUCACAAUUACCAACGUUAUAAUACAAGCAAAAAUGGACACCGUGAUGUCGAUCCUAAAUACUGAGCAAAAUAUCGAAAACAUUGAAGACAUCAAUAAUUUGAACUAUACUGUGCUUACUCGCCGCGGGAUUUUAUCUCAAACAUUAGAAGCUAAUGGCGUUACUAACAUCAAGCUGGUUCCGCACUACAUAAGCUGUUCUCAGCUAGAAAGACAUGAAGCAUUUGUUGGGGUAGAGUAUAUUCUUCGGACACAUCUCACUGAUACUUGUCAUAUGUCAAAGCAUCCAAUCGUACCAGGAUUAUUUGUUUCUUACUAUACGCGCAGCAAUUGGCCGAUUUAUCCUAAAAUAAACAAGAAGUUAUUGAUGUUGUUUGAAGGAGACUUGACGCGUUAUAUAUCUGACAAGGUUUUGAGGGAGUAUUACGUACCUAACUUUCAAGAAGUAGAACGUUAUCAAGUGAUAACGUUGCAGCACAUGGAAUAUGCGUUUUAUUUUUUUGUUGGUAGCAGUUUGAUGUCAUUGAUUGUUUUUUUCGUAGAGUUGGUUAUAACUAUAGCUUAA